GAUUCCCCCCCCCCCUUAGAUCAAACCUCAAGGCCUCCUGUUUCCCAGACACAAUAUGAACCAUGUGGGUUUAGCACUUCCCUUUAAUUAAUAUAAAAAUGCUUUUUUUUGUACCUCAUCAUCCAUGUACAGGAAUGCCUUUCUUCAUGAAAAGAAAAGAAAUUUUCAUUUGCCAAUUCUGUGGCAUGCAGUGCUACUUAACUUUUGUUAAGGAAUGAAUGAGACAUAAUCAUGUGGGAGGAUUAUAAUGUAAGUGAAAAGAACAAGAAAACCUUUGAAGAGUUGUGCAAAAAAUUUCGCCAGAGUCCUGGUGUGUUUGAGUGUAAGCAUGCGGAAAUGAGACUCCAUGAGAUGAAUACAGAGCAAGAUGCGCAGAUAGAUGAAAACCAGACUCCUAAGAAGAUUAAAUUAGAUACUAGCCAUACCAUGCCUGUGAAAACUUCACAUGUGGAAGAGCUCAAGUCAUCCAUGAUACCUGAUGUUCAGAUAAUGCAAAAUAGUAUUUUAAAUGCUCUGAAUAAUUCAGAAAAGGUUAAUACCGAGCUCUAUAAAUCGGUAGAACCUCUCAGUGUGUGUAACAGCAGUGCUCCAGUAAUAAGUGAUGCAGUAUUGUUUAAUGUUUGUAAGAAGAAUGAAAACUCAGAUGAUGCAGUAGCAGCUAUUGUUGGAACACUUUUUAUAUUACCAAAGCUGUACCACCUAUCUAGCAAGCUCUCCAAACCAAAUGUUGAUGCCUUGUUAGAAUUUUUAGAAUGGCACACUGAUGUGAGUGUGACCCACAUUUUGGUGCCUCUUCUGCAGCAUUGCCCUAAAACUGAAGAACAACACCGAGAUGUCCUGGCACGCCUCGUGUCUGCAUUUUCAACUCAACACAUAACACAGAUGCUAAGUGCUUUGUCUUCUCGUGAAUCAGUGAGCGAUGUUGACGUACAGAUCUUUCAGCUGCUGUGUGAAAAUGCUGAUCAUCAAGCUUCUACGGCACACACAGCUGUCCUUGCAUUUUUGAACAAAACUGCAGACAAAUAUAAGACUUUUAUCAAAUUUGGUCAGUGCCUUUUAUUUGUGAUCAAGAAGAUGGGACAAUAUAUACAGGAUUAUGAAAGCCUCCAGCUAAUUGCCAACAGUCACUCUUCAAGCAUGAAAAAAGCCAUCGAGUUACAAAUGAAAAAAGCAAUGAAAAACCGAUGAUGUAAUUAAAAAGGCGAUAGAUAAUCUCUCACACCGUCGGAAACCCAGUGUACACCAUUCUAACACGGAAUUCCUCUUGUAUGCCUAAAUAAAAUUUGUAUUGGCAA